GUCAUGUUUUGUUUUCUUCCAAAUCCCCCCUAGCUAGGUCUAUAUUACUGUUGCUUCAAAUUUUGCAGCAGGAGGACUGAGUGGUUUUGUCCUGAAGUGCAUGUUGGGGAAGAAAGGGUUGGCCAUUCUUGAACAGUGUUUUAAUUUCUACUACUUCUUCUUCUUCUUCUACUUUUUUUCUUGUUCAUCAACUCUGCAGUACUGUUCAACUAGCUCCCUUCUACUUCACUCACUUUCUCUGCCAAUCACUUCUUUUUGACCCAUGAUGCUGCUUCUUCCCAAGACCAUAUCAGGGUUCUGCAAAAGGGUGUACUGUUAGAUACUCUAAACCCUCAGCCAUGGAUCUUCAAGCUUUUUCAUCUCAAAUGGAGGCUGCAUUUGAGGGGGGCCAUGGGAACCCAUUCUUGGUGGACUCAUUUCCUGACCCAAUUUGCAAGAUUAAUCUGAAGGAGACUGCUGAGUUUGUGAAGUCACUCCCCACAGCAGCCAUUAAUGGUGGUGGUCCAGAGAGCAGGAGGGUUGUUCAGAGGAAGAAGGGAGGGGGGGAGAGUUCAGUGCCCAAGAGGGGUGUGGUGGAGGCUCCUUCAACCCCUGGCAGGCCAAUUUUCAGCUUCAGUGUUGGGAGUUUUUCAAGAAAAUCUUUCCCUUCCAAAUGGGAUGAUGCAGAGAAAUGGGUUGUGAAUGGCAGCAAUUCUUGCCAUGAAUCCCCUGCCCAUAUAAAGCUCUCAUCAAACCACUCUAAUGGGGUCACCCCAAAAGAAGAAGUUGAUGAAAAGUCUUCAAGCUUUCAAGGCUCUUCCAAUGGUGUCCCUGCCACAUCAGAUGUGCUUCUAAAAGAUAAGUUCACAAGUGAGGUAGAAACUAUUACAUGUCCCAAUUUAAGGCAUUGUGAGUCAAUGAAAGAGGGAUUUUUGUUUGGAAAAUCUAUGAACAAUGUAGCACCAGAGGUUAAACAUAGAGAUAUUGGGACAGAAAUGACACCAAUUGGCAGUUCGACGACUUCAAGAUGCCACACGCCAUUCAAGAGCUCCUCGCCCGCCAGGCACAACACUCCUGCCAGCCGGUCUGGCCCGUUGGCUGUGUCGAACGAGUCCAGUUCCUCUAGCACGGUCAUCGAUAUCGUGCAGCUGCAGGAGUGCCAUUUAGCAAAGCUGCACGUUGGGACAACGGGGCAGUAUGAUUCUGUAACGACCAACUGGAGCUCGAGGGAGGAGGAAGAAGAGGACAUAUCGAAGAGCCUGAGGCACUUCGAGAUGAGUAAUGAGUGCAGGAGAAGUGUGUCUGAGUCCCGAGCCUGCCCCUCGUGGGAGGAAGAGGAGAAGACUAAACACUGCCUAAGGUACCAGAGAGAACUAGCCAAGAUUCAAGCUUGGGUGAACCUCCAGAAUGCAAAAUCAGAAGCUCAAUCUAAAAAGCUUGAGGUGAAAAUUCAAAAGAUGAGAUCGAAUCUGGAGGAGAAGUUGAUGAAGAGAAUGUCGACAGUUCACAGAAAAGCUGAAGAAUGGAGAGCUGUGGCACAGCUGCAACAUUCAGAACAGAUACAGAAAGUGAGUGAACAAACACAGAAGAUGAUGAUGAUGAUGAACAACAGGAAAAACAUUAAUAAUGUUUCUCGUGCCAAUUCUUGUGGUUGUUUCCCUUGUAAUAACCAUCACAUGUAGUGUUAUUAUUAUUGUGUACACAAACAUAAAAAUCAUGUUUCUUCUUCUUCACAAGCCUUAUAUGAUAUGAGAGAGUAAACUUGUGUUUCA